AUGCAUAAUUGGUCUGCACAUAUAUUGCAAGAUGGAGCUCUUACACAGUUUAAGGUGCAAGAACUGUUGCAGGAUUUACAGCUACUGUCAAAGUACUCAGACAGUUUGCAAGGAGCUAUACAAUUUUUAUCAUCUCCUGAUAUACAGAAAAUGCUGCCUAAGUCUGCACCUGUACCUUCAAUUUGCCCCACAUAUAGUUUAAAGCUAAAAAUAAAACCUGUGAAGCCAAAAUUUGUGCCUUUUCCAAUAAAUAAGUGGCUUGACUUGUCCCUAAACAAAUACUGUGAAUAA